AUGAGAUUCCUGGGACUUACCCAGUCAUUUCCCAAAUCGCCUACAGUGACGCCUCUGCAAGUGCCAUUGCCGCCACUCCUUCAUCGCGUAUCCUUCUCAUCCAUGUCCAUUGCCACAUGGUUCCUAGUGAUAUUGGCGACCGCAGCGAUAGACACUCCCGCUAGCACCGUUCCACCGAUACAGGAGAACAGAUCCCCGCACGUACUAGCGCAGUUCCCCGCGGGAAAUGGACAGCGAUACGGACAUUUUCCCUUGGACGCCAAUGCAACCAGGGAGGGAGCUUUGAGAUUUAAUCAUCUCGCUAUAGAUCCUUCCACGGGAAGGCUCUAUGGAGGCGCGAUCAACAGACUUUUUCAACUCGAUUCGAAUCUCAAACUGGAGGAGUAUGUCUCAACAGGACCGAGACUGGACAAUCCUCAGUGUCAUGCAACAGGUUGCAUGACAAGAGAUAUACCCACUUCCUUAAUGGAUAAUGUGAACAAGCUACUAAUCGCCAACCUCGAGUCGCAAACGUUAAUCGCCUGCGGCUCCCUUCUUCAAGGCGCUUGCGAAAAAUACAAAAUGUCCAACAUAUCCAUCAAGCCAGAAUUUAUUCCUCUCAGCGUGGCUGCCAAUGACGAGAACUCGUCCACGUACGCUUUCAUCGGGCCCGAGAAAUACAAUCCGUGGGGGCAGACGAACAUACUCUACGUAGGAACGACGUUCACCAACAAAGGAGAUUACCGUCACGAUGUGCCCGCUAUCUCCAGCAGGAAUCUCGACAAUCUGGAAUUCGCCGAGUACACGUUCAACAAGCAGUCGAUCGUGUACAUCGACGUCAAGUAUCGAGAUCACUUUCUGGUCAAGUACGUGUACGGGUUUAACGCGAGCGACUACGCGUACUUCGUCCUGGUGCAGAAACAAUCGUACCUGCCCGAGCAAGAAGAACUGGGAUACAUCUCCAGGCUGGCGCGAAGUUGCAUAAGCGAUCCGAAUUACGACAGCUAUACUGAAGUAACUCUGCAGUGUACGGUCGAUCUAGGGGACGGCAAGCAACACCAUUACAACUUGGUACAGGACGCGAAAGUCGCGGCAGCGGGCAGCGAUCUGGCCAUGCAACUCGGUAUCUCCGUUGGCGAUCCAGUAUUCGUUUCUGUAUUUUCGCCCAGCAGAGGCAUCACGAAUGAGCCUCUGUCACGUUCGGCGGUUUGCAUCUACAGCCUGCAAGACAUCGAGACCAAGUUCAACGAAAAUAUUCACAUGUGCUUCAACGGUAGCAUCAAGUAUCGAAAUAUGGGUUACGUCAGCGGUCCUAUACAAGAUGGAAAGUGUCCUACUGCCGGUACCACAGGGAAUAUUCUCAACUUUUGUGAGGUUGGAUUAAAAAUUUCGGGCGUAUCGCCAAUCACAGGCCAGGCUAUCCUGCAUUUUCCCGAUACGUUUAUUACCUCGGUUACCAUCGCCAACACCGAGAGCCAUACCGUAGCGUUUUUCGGCACAAACGAUGGCGUUCUCAAAAAGGUCUUACUGUCUGGAGUUGAAGCGUUCGUCUACGAAAGCGUUACGAUUGAUAAGGGACAAAAGCUAUUGCCUGACACGCUGAUUUCACCGGAUGGCGAAUACAUCUAUGUAUUAUCCUCCUCGAAGAUAUCGAAGGUCAAAGUGGAGCAUUGCAGUGGUUAUACCACGUGCAGCAGUUGCCUCGACGCGAAAGAUCCUUACUGUGGCUGGUGCUCUUUAGAAAAGAGAUGUACUGUGAGAGGAGAUUGUCAAAAGGCAAGUCACAGCAGUCCACGAUGGUUGUCCCUCGGCACGGGUCAACAGUGCAUCGAUUUCGAGCAGGUUCUACCCGACCGUAUGCCCAUUAAUCAGAUGACCACAGUGCAAUUAACAAUUAGAACUUUGCCGGAAUUACCAACGGGCGCUAAUUACAAGUGCGUUUUUGGUAACGCCGAGCCAAUAGACGCGCUGAUGACCGGUUUCGGACUAUCCUGCCCUACGCCACCCGUCGUGGAGAGACCCAACAUUCCCGAGGGCGCCGAUCAUGUGCUCGUACCGCUGUCCGUACGAUCGAGUGAAACGAACAAAGACUUCGUUUCGCGCAACUUUGCGUUUUUCGAUUGUUCAAGACACACCGUGUGCACCGAGUGCGUAAAGUCGCAAUGGGCAUGUAGCUGGUGCGUCUACGACAACAAGUGCACUCACAAUACUAGCUGUCAGGGCAUUAUAUCAGGGGAAAACCAAAACCAAGCUAAUCUUGCCGCGCAUGGCGCGCAAUAUUGUCCGAGAUUCGUGGAACGCAAAGAGCCGUUGAUGUUGCCAAAUAGCGUGCCCAAGGAGAUAGUGCUCGAAGUGGAGAACUUGCCGCAUCCGCAGGUGGGCCACAGUGGAUUCCAGUGCAUCGUUAGCAUCGAGGGUGCCAAUCUGAAGGUACAGGCUCGUGUGGACAGCAGCCGUUUCAUCGUGUGUGACAAGACCGUAUAUUCUUACGAGGCGGUCAGCGGCGAAUACGAGGCCGAAGUGACGGUUGUUUGGAACACGAAUCACCACGUGGACAAGACGACGAUAAUUUUAUACAAGUGCGAAGUGCUCGGCUCGCAUCGCGAGCACGCGGACUGUUCUUUGUGCGUGACACGGGACGCUCGGUUUGAGUGCACUUGGUGCGGGAAUAGCUGCGUGUACCGGCAUUCGUGUUUACAGUCACCGUUCACCGAGUGUCCAAAACCCCGAAUAGAUAUGAUCAAACCGCUGAGUGGGCCGAUCGAGGGCGGUACACUGGUGACGAUCGAGGGUAGCAAUCUUGGGUUGAAGGAGAGUGACGUGGAGGGUAAGAUACACAUCGGCAACACUCCGUGCACCCUGGUGGACUAUGAAGUGUCGGUGCGCAUUGUUUGCCGUACCGGUCGGCACGAGGCCACGGAUGCAGCGUCCGUUGUGGUCGGGAACGACGCCGGAUACACGGAGAGUGCGGUGCUGUUCAAUUACAAGGACAUACGUCUGUCAGGCGUGUAUCCAUCGGUCGGGCCACAGAGCGGCGGCACGCAACUGGCCAUCACCGGUAAGUAUCUUAACAUCGGUAGCACGAUAUCGGCGUAUCUGGACGAGUUGCCGUGCCACGUGAACGCGAGCCAAGCGAGCAGUACGAGGUUGACUUGCGUGACCAGUAAGUCGGGCCGCGUCAGGCGAAUUCACAGGCUAACGCUGAGCAUCGAUGGUGCGAAUCGCACUCUUAUGGACAAUCCGUAUAAUUAUACUCACGACCCGACCAUCAUGGAGAUCAAGCCACUGAGGAGCUUUGCCUCAGGCGGCCGCAUGAUCACCGUACAUGGCACAAACUUGGACACCAUUCAAAAACCCGAGAUGGAGGUUUACUUCGAUAACGAGCAGUUGCCGGUGAACAGAACCGUUUGCACCGUCCUGAAUCCUACGCAAAUGGAAUGUCCGAGUCCGAGCGUUGCCAAGAGGUUUACCUCGAUCCGACGCACCGAACGUUCGGCAGCCGCCAAUGCUCAAGCUACCUCGUCGCCGCAUUCGUUGAGACUAAAGGAAUCCCAGCUGUCUCUCAAGAUCGCUUUUAUCAUGGAUAACGUGGAGAGCGUGAGAGAUUUGGAGAAGCAAAGUCUUCGUAAUCGACUGCUCUACGUCGAAGAUCCAAAGUUCUUUCCAUUUCCACGAAACGUCAAGCUGUACAAGGGGGACACGCUGGUGAUCGAGGGUGAGAAUCUCAAUUAUGCCAGCGACGAGUCCGAUGUAAAUGUCACCGUGGGUAUCAUGCCCUGCAACGUAACGUCGCUCGCUCUCACGCAAUUGGUCUGCACGCCGCCGGAUCAACAACCCGCUGACACGGACGAGCUCGGCAUCAAAACCGAGAGCGGACUGCCUCUGGUGGUGGUACGGGUCGGUCGUAGCCUACGCUUUCCCAUCGGUUAUUUGCGCUACGAGGUCAUCAAGUCCUAUCCAAUACCGCCGGAAGCAAUCGCCGGUAUUGCCGCCGGCACCUUCGGUCUUAUCUUCCUGUUCGUCCUGGUGUUGGUGAUAUACCGUCGUAAGAGCACGCAGGCGGAGCGAGAAUACAAGCGCAUACAGAUACAGAUGGAUACGCUCGAAAGCAACGUCCGUAUGGAGUGCAAACAGGCGUUUGCGGAACUGCAAACGGAUAUGACGGACUUGACCGCGGAUCUCGAGUCGUCGGGUAUACCCACUCUCGAUCAUAAAAACUACAUUAUGAAAGUAUUUUUCCCCGGGGUAAUAGACCAUCCCAUAUUGAACGAUCCGCGCUCACGCAGCAAUGUCUCGCGGACCAACUACGAUGCGGCAAUGAUACAGUUCGAGCAGCUCGUCAACAACAAGUACUUUGUGCUGACGUUCAUAGAAACCUUGGAGGCUCAGAAGGACUUUAAUAUUAGGGACAAAGUGAACGUCGCUUCCUUACUCAUGGUUGUUCUAAUGGGUAAGAUGGAAUAUGCUACCGAUAUACUAAUGAACCUAUUGUUGAGACUGAUUGACAAAGCGGUGAACACGAAGCAUCCGCAGCUCAUGUUAAGGAGAACGGAAUCCGUGGUGGAGAAGAUGCUGACGAAUUGGAUGGCGCUCUGUAUGUACAAUUACCUAAAAGAUUAUGCCGGCUCGUCCUUGUUCCUGCUGUUCAAGGCGAUUAAGCAUCAGAUAGAGAAAGGACCGGUGGACGUAAUAACGCACGACGCGAGAUAUUCUCUCUCGGAGGAGAGACUCCUGCGCGAGCAAAUCGAACACACGAUCGUCACGUUGCACGUGGUGCAGGACGAUCUCGACGAGAAGAUACAGUGUAAGGUUCUAGACUGCGAUACCAUAAGCCAGGUAAAGUCCAAGAUUCUCGACGCGCUGUACAAGAACACUCCGUUUUCGCUGAGGCCGUCCGUACAUGACGUUGAUCUGGAGUGGCGGCACGGUCGUGGUGGUCACCUGACCCUCCAGGAUGAGGAUCUCACGACCAAGUGCUGCGGCGAAUGGAAGAAGAUAAACACGCUGGCGCACUACGGCGUCAAGGAAUCGGCGGUGAUGUCGCUGAUUCCCCGGCAAAACGACGGCUUCUCGGUGGCGUGUAAACCGCCCUGCCAUAAUUGCAAGCCCUCGCAUUAUCACCUGCAGCAGCAGCAGCAGCAGCAGCAGCCGUCGAUUCAUCCGCACCACCAGCCGUCGCAUCAUCAUCUACAUCGACACUCGAAUCAUUGUUCGUCCACGCAUCUUCCAUCCACGCCCAAUCACGGGCUGAUCAGUCCUGUAAUGUACAAUCAUCCCGUGAGCGGCUUGUACUUCGACUCCCAACAUUCGCCGCCCAUCAUAACGGCGAACGGCGACGUCGAGAGCGCCCAUGACGUCAAUCAGCGGCUCUAUCAUUUGGUAAGGCCCAUCGAGGAUGUGCAUUAUCCGCCCGGCUUGGGCUUCACCGGAAGCAACAAGCACCAUCAUCCCGAGCGAACGCACAAGGCGAUCCCGGAAAUAUUUCUGACGCGAUUGCUAUCGACGAAGGGCACCGUACAAAAGUUCGUCGACGAUUUUCUAAACACCAUACUGACCGCCAAUGAGGCGUUGCCUGGCGCGGUUAAAUGGUUGUUCGAUCUUCUCGACGAGGCUGCCAAGAAACACGGCAUCGUCGAUCCGGAGGUGGCGCACGCGUGGAAGUCGAACAGCCUGCCGCUCCGGUUCUGGGUGAACUUUAUCAAGAAUCCAGAUUUCAUGUUCGACAUCAACAAGUCCACGACGGUGGACUCGAGUCUCUCCGUGAUCGCGCAGACGUUCAUGGACUCGUGCUCGAUGACGGAACACAGACUGGGCAAGGACUCGCCGUCUAACAAGCUGCUCUUCGCCAAGGACAUACCGCACUAUCGCGAGAAAGUCGGUCGAUUCUAUACGGAUGUGCAAAGACUGCCGCAGAUCACCGACCAGGAGAUGUCUAGUGCCAUGCAGCAACUGAGCGCGUCUCACGCCAACGAGUUCGAUGUGAUCGCGGCGCUGAAAGAGCUCUACAUCUAUGUCAGCAAGUAUUAUGAACAAAUCCUAGAGGCCUUGGAGACAGAUGUGGGCUGUCGUAAACUACACCUAGCUCAUAGACUAGAAAACGUAGCGUACACGCUCGAGGGAGAAGAGACCAGUGCCUGCUGACAUACCCUCCUCACUUCCAUCCCAGGACCCGUCAACCUCUCCAGAAACACUGACUAGUGCCUCCACUUCAUGCAUCAGAUACACCUCGUUACAUAUGUACAAAUAUUACACAUUACAACACACCGUGUGAAUAACAAUGCCGUAAAAAAGAUACACGCGAUUUCGUUAGGGCUAGUCAGGCGUUAGGUCACGGGAUAGACAGUUCUCGUGGUAGUAUUUUACCGUCUUUACGCGUUGGCCAUACCGAAAUACGCUUGUAAACAUGUAUGGAUAUUGGUAGUAGGCAAUGUACGCGCCUCUGAUCCUUAAAUCACGACGCUGGACAGACGCCUAUUGAAUCUCUCUAGGAAACGAGCAAAGUAUUUAUAUAUAUAUAUAAAUCUCAUCGAAUUCGAACGAAUCUCAAUUUGUAAGAUAUUUUUUCGCGGGUGAUUAUUGUUAUCGUAGGAUAAACGAGAGAGAUUUGGUUGUCUUAUGUAAUAUUAAGUUAUUUUAACCCUUUACUCUCGUAAAACGCCGUCGUGCUUUCUCUGUCGAGACUCUUUUGAGGAUCCGAGACGUGGAUCGGUGCAAAUACUUAUUAGGAAAGAAAUUUAAAAUGUAAAAUUUUAUGGCCGACCUGAUAUCUAUACGUGUGUACGUAAAUACGGAAUAAAUAACAUAAAGUAAAAGUAACAUGUCUAAUGGUAAGUGAGAGAAAGCCAUAGUGUCCACCAGACUGUCUGUACGGGAGCGACGUACGGCAGCGAGUAGUCUGUGAUCCGAGCACGAGUGGCUAUGCCUACUAUCUUCAUUAUGAUAUAUAUAAUUAUUAAUAUGUUAUAUAUAUAUACAUAUAUAUAUAUAUAUAUAUAUACAUGAAAAAUAUAUAUAUAUAAAGCAAAGAAUCAUGCGCAACACACCUCCACGGAUUGUAGUGAGCUAGUUAGAGAGGGACUAUAUGUAUUAUAAGUUGGGGGUUACGCACCCUUAUAAUUCAGAGACAGAGUAACAGAUAAUAUUAAAUUAAGGCGAUUAAAGUAACGUUAAAAAAAAUUUAAGAGUUAAAAGUUAUAAGAGCAGCUCAGUCUACUCUAGGCCUAUCUACGCAUAUUGUCGAACGAAGAAAUUGUUUUCUUUUAUCUUUAUCUCUUAUUUUGCUUCUGAGUCUCUCUAGAUCUGCUAUACGUGGUAGUUUACGAAGUGCGAAUAAUUUUUUAGAAAGGCCAUUUUGUGGAGCAUCUAAAAAUUUUUAUCUUCCAUUGUACGUAUUAUUAUAUU